AAGUCACAACAUUUCAAUGUUCCCAUUUGUACCAAUGAUUCUGGGGAUGAUGAUUGUGCCUUAUGAAUCUGUGACAUCUGGCUGAUACUAGAAGGCGAUUUCAUUCCAUGUUCUGUUUGUCCUGAAGAAACUGUCCCAAAAUGGGUAGGAUCAGCAUCUCUUGUCUGUUUCCUGCUUCCUGGCACUUCAGCAUUUCUCCAGUAGGCUGUCCUCGGAUGUUGAACACCACAUUGCGACAGAUUAUUGUCAUCAGUCUGCUCACCGCUGCAUUUUUCUUGCUGUAUUACUCAGUUGUCCUAAUCAGGAAUAAAUACGGCUACAGGGACAGAAAGCUGCACAGGUACCUUGCUCGAGUGACGGAUACAGAAGCCACAGAUACCAACAACCCCAACCUGAACUAUGGCAUCAUGGUGGACUGUGGCAGCAGCGGGUCUAGGAUCUUUGUGUAUUGUUGGCCAAGACACAAUGGCAAUCCGCAUGAUCUGCUGGACAUAAAACAAAUGAGGGACAAAAACAGAAAACCAGUGGUCAUGAAAAUUAAACCAGGCAUUUCAGAAUUCGCUACCUCUCCAGAAAAAGUUAGUGACUAUAUUUUUCCGCUUCUGAGCUUUGCUGCAGAACAUGUACCCCGUGCAAAGCACAAAGAAACGCCUCUCUACAUUCUCUGCACAGCGGGGAUGAGGAUCCUGCCAGAGAGCCAGCAAAAGGCAAUACUAGAAGACCUGCUUACUGAUAUUCCAGUGCAUUUUGAUUUUCUGUUCUCGGAUUCACACGCUGAGGUUAUUUCAGGAAAACAGGAAGGUGUAUAUGCUUGGAUUGGCAUCAACUUUGUCCUUGGAAGAUUUGAGCAUACCGAUGAUGAGGAUGACGCUGUAGUGGAGGUGCAUAUUCCUGGCAGUGAAAACAAGGAAGCCAUUGUCCGAAAGAGGACUGUGGGUAUACUUGACAUGGGUGGUGUGUCAACUCAAAUAGCAUAUGAAGUCCCUAAAACUGUAAGCUUUGCCUCUUCACAGCAGGAGGAGGUGGCCAAGAACCUACUUGCAGAGUUCAAUCUGGGAUGUGACGCGCAUCAAACGGAACACGUGUACAGAGUCUAUGUUGCAACUUUCCUCGGCUUUGGGGGAAACGCUGCGCGGCAGAGAUACACAGACAGUGUAUUUGCCAGUACGAUAUUUAGAAACAGGCUUCUAGGCAAACAGGCUGCUAUGACUCCUGACACCCCCUAUUUAGACCCUUGCCUGCCUUUAGACGUUGAGGAUGAAAUCCAGCAGAAUGGGCAGACGAUGCAUCUUCGUGGGAUGGGAGAUUUCAACCUGUGUCGUGAAGUUAUUCAGGCUCUCAUGAAUAAGACCAAUGAAACUCAGACGUCUUUGAAUGGCGUUUACCAACCUCCAGUGCACUUUGAGAACAGCGAGUUCUACGGGUUCUCGGAGUUCUACUACUGUACCGAAGAUGUAUUACGAAUGGGGGGAGAGUACAAUGCUGCUAAGUUUCUGAAAGCUGCGAAGGACUAUUGUGCCACAAAGUGGUCUGUGCUGCGGGAACGUUUUGACCGUCAUCUUUAUGCAUCACAUGCUGACCUUCAUCGACUGAAGUAUCAGUGCUUUAAGUCAGCCUGGAUGUAUGAAGUGUUUCACAAUGGCUUCUCUUUUCCCAUAAACUAUGGCAACUUAAAGACUGCACUGCAGGUUUAUGACAAAGAAGUGCAGUGGACUUUGGGAGCCAUCCUCUAUCGAACACGAUUUUUGCCUUUAAGGGACAUCCAGCAGGAGAACUUCCGCAGCAGUCACUCCCACUGGCGCAGCUUCUCGUUCGUUUACAAUCAUUACCUGUUCUUCGCCUGCUUCUUCGUCGUGCUGCUGGCCAUCCUGCUUUACCUGCUGCGGCUGCGACGGAUUCACCGGCGGAUGCUGCACGGCGGCCAGUCCCCUUCCCUCUGGAUCGAGGAAGGCCUCCCUCCACAGAAGAUCCCAGGAGCCCUAUAAGCUGUUGGAUGCUCCUUUUCAGACUUGCUCAAGAAAAAAAGCCAUUUGUUUUGCCU